CUUUCAUAAUCGCCCCUCAAGCUUUUACUUUAGUUGUGCAGUUCUCUUAAUUAUUCUCUUUUGUAUAAAUCUUAUACUCGACUGUAAAGAGUUCCGUCAGUGGUAAAGUAACUUUUAAUCGAUUUCAGGCGUGAACUUGUUCUCCAGAUGGAAAUUGUGCCGAAAGAGGAUAUUAAACGUUAUGUUUAAACUUUGUGCUCGUUGUUUGGUCGGUGACCCUUCGGUUGAAUCUAAUAUCCUUUUAAAAGGGACAUGUGAAGCUGCGGAACGUCCCUUUAACGCGUGAACAUGUGAGGUUUUAUCAUCGGGUUUUACAGCAACAUUCACAUUUACUUCAGUAAGUAAAUAAAUAACAGAUAUUCAGUGUUGCAAAGAUUACCACGAUAAAAACAAACUGGGACAAAACAGAACAAAAUGUGAAGGGUUUUUAUUUAGUUUUUACUUAAUUAUCGAUUUGAAUGUAUUUGUGUCCAAGCUAGAAAGCAAAUACAAACUUAUUAAUGCUAAAAAUGUUCCCAGUGCUUACAUAAAGUACAACUUUUUAGUUGCUGUUAUUCAAAACACCCUCCUGUGUUGGAACCAAAAGGUCAAAGGUUAAUUUCUAACACUUGAGCAACAUAAACAAACAGACCGUAGCAUGAUUACUAUUUGACAUGUCUUUGUUUUCUACUCACUGAAGUCUUUGGAGUCAGGGAGCAAUGCUUUUUCUGGUGUUUCUCUGCUUGAUAGUUAGUCAUUCCUGUUUGCAGAGCACACAGAGAGGACAUCAUGUUCAGGACACAUGUGAGUGUGAAAGCAAUAGGGCGGCUUUCUGGCUUCAUCAAGAUGAAACCAGACUUCACCACUUGGAGGAAACUAGCAAGUUUGCAGCGGCUCACAGGGAAAGUUCGGUGGAAGAGUAACACCAGACCCGCUCCUGUUCUGACGGCUGCUCCUGUUCGCGCCCUUGUUGACGAGCAGGUCGGCAUCAGAGGACACUUCCUGCCCCCGCGCUGUCCCGUCACAUUGCAUGCAAGAAUGCACAGCGACGAGGGAGACCUAUGGGAGUCAUUCGCUCAUUAUAACGCAGAUGAGAGGGGAACUUUUAGCUUAACUUGUGACCCUUCAGUGGGAGGCUCCUAUUUGGGCUGCGAGCCGAUGGGACUCUUCUGGAGUAUGCAGCCAGCUACUGGAGAAAGAGAAGGUUUAAGACUGAGGAAGAAGAACGUGGAGAGUCCUUACGUGGUGCAUAUUUCUCUGCUGGAAGGCCACGUCUCUCUUCCUGCCAGUGAAGGGCAGCGGUCCGAGCUGGCUGCGGUGACUGCUGAACGGUGGUACAUCGCACCAGGAGUGAAGAGGAUAGAGAUUAAUCAAAACGGACUCGUAGGAACAUUGUUCAUUCCACCCGGCCCAGGCCCGUUUCCAGCCAUGUUGGAUCUGUGGGGAAUGGUUGGAGGACUGCAGGAAUACCGCUCCUCUCUCCUUGCAUCCAGAGGCUACGCUAGUUUUUCUCUUGCCUACUUUGGGCACAGAGAUCUGCCUGGCCCACUAAAUCGUAUCAACGUUGGAGACUCAUAUUUUAAGGCUGCCUUCCUCCUGCUGCAGGAUCACCCUCAGGUCGUCUCAGACAGAGUCGGCAUCCUUGGCCUCUCCUUCGGAUGCUACCUGACGCUUCGCAUCCCCACCAAAACCGGAGUUAAACCAUCUUGUUUGGUUGGCAUCAACGGCGCUGUGGGCAGCACGAUGUCACUCUUCAGUUUAGAUAGCAGGACAAAAGAAUUUGACAGUUCCCAGGAACUUCGGAAUUUCGAUGAUGAGGGCUGUGUCAUUCUCAAAGACGCCUUUCUGCCUGCUAAUAUUCCUCCUGACAGCUUUGUUAAGGUGGAGAAACUGGACUGUCCUCUGAUGUACGUAGUGGGUGAAGACGACCUUUGUUGCGCAAGCAUUGAGAACGCAGAUCUGAUUGAGGAGAGGUUAAGGUCUGCCGGUAAAUCCCACCUCUUCACCCGCUUGUCCUACCCCGGCGCUGGUCACCUGAUCGAGCCGCCCUAUUCCCCGUGUGCAAGAGCGUCCAUGUGGUCCGUCAAACCCAAGAAAUUGACAAUGAUGUGGGGCGGCCACCCUGCACCGCACGCUGCCGCCCAGGAAGACGCAUGGAAGAAAAUCCUGGAUUUUUUGGAGAAAAAUCUGAGAACCUGAAUAUCUGGAAAGAUGCUUGAUUUGAUCAAGUUUUAUACGCAGAAAUGUAAAUUGGAGCUGGAGUUCAAUUUGCACAAAAAUGGACAAGCUAAUUUGUUGUUAUGCAGCAAAUUGUAGCUCAUCCUCAAAAGAGAGCUGCUUGGUUUUAGCUGUCAUUCUAGUGCCGACCACUGGACAGUCACAGCAGCAGCAGCAAAGAUUCAAAUGUAUUAUGUUUUAUAAAACUCCUGUAGAAACUGAGCUGCUGCUGGGUGAUGGCUUCUGAAAGAGUUUUCAGACUUUGUGCCGUAUGAUCCAAAUACUGGGCAUUUCAUUUCAUCCGUUAAAGUUUUUAACAAACAACUGAUCCGUGCAAAAUGUCCCAAUUCCCCAAGCAAGCAGAAUAAAUCACGUUAUGAAAAACA